CGUUUGGAGAGACGGGAAGCCGCUCAGUUGGUUUUUUGCGUGGUGCGCACCUCCCCUCUCCAUAGCGCAGAGAGAGAGAGAGCCUCCUCUCUCUUUCACGGAGUCUGCCUCGCAAUUCCUGUUCUCCGUGCCAGAGCCUGCAGCUGUCUCUGUUGCGUCCUCCUGCCGCUGUUGUGGGAAAUCGUCGCCCCCUCCGUGACGAAGACUUGUUUGUCCCCCUUGAGGUGUCAGCGGCGCAAAACCCCGAAGGAUAUCGCAACUUUGAAAGAAUUUCAAACAGUUUGGAGACUGAAUGACAGACACCUGACAGCUCGUAAACGCCACAUCCGCGUGUUGACUGAAAUCUUUGCGACUGUGGACGGUAUAGGAAUGUGGAAUACAAGUCUAUCUCAGCGUAAAAGGACCUGCCUCUGCCCCUGACACCAUGACCACAGAUCUGAACUUGACCUCCCUGCUGAAUGUAACAGAUCUCCACAAUCAAACAAGAGGAUGUUCCCUCACCAAGACAGGUUUCCAGUUCUACUACCUGCCCACUGUGUACAUCAUGGUGUUCAUCACGGGGCUGGUGGGAAACAGCCUGGCCAUUUGGAUGUUUGUGUGCCACAUGAGACCCUGGAGCAGCAUCUCUGUCUACAUGUUCAAUCUGGCUCUGGCUGACUUUUGCUACGUCCUCUCGCUGCCCUUCCUCAUCUUCUAUUACUUUAACAAAACAGACUGGAUAUUCGGGGACUUGCUGUGCCGGCUGCAACGAUUUAUAUUCCACGUCAAUCUUUACGGGAGUAUUCUGUUUCUGACGUGCAUCAGUGUUCACAGAUACACCGGGGUUGUGCACCCGCUCAAGUCUCUGGGCCGGCUGAAGAAGAAAAACGCAGUUAUUACCAGUGCGUUGGUGUGGGUGGUGGUUGUUAUAAGUAUGUCCCCCAUCCUUUAUUAUUCCAGGACGGGCUUGAAGCGUAAUGCAACCACUUGUUAUGACACCACCACUGUGGAUGAGUUACAAGGUUACUUUAUCUACAGCAUGACUUUGACUGUGUUUGGCUUCUGCAUCCCCUUUAUUAUCAUAUUUUGUUGCUAUGGCAUGAUCGUCAAGGCGUUGAUCUACAAUGACAUGAACAACGUGCCCCUGCGACAGAAAUCCAUCCACCUGGUCAUCAUUGUGCUUGCGGUCUUCGCCGUCUCCUACCUGCCUUUCCAUGUGAUGAAGAACCUCAACAUGAGGGCCAGGCUGUACUUCCAGAGCCCUGACAUGUGUGAUUUUAAUAACCGCGUCUACGCCACCUACCAGGUGACACGGGGGUUGGCCAGCCUCAACAGCUGCGUGGAUCCUAUUCUUUACUUCCUGGCUGGAGAUACCUUCAGGAGGAAGCUGUCACGGGCCACUAAAAAACCCUCCAAGAAGGGAGAGAAUUGCCUCCAGUCCAAGAGCGAGGAGACGGCCCUCAACAGUCUGGCUGAAUAUGUGGAGAAUGGGGACCGGAGGCUGUGAUAGGACACCCUGGUGAUUCCUGUUAGUUUUAGAAACCAUAAUGGACUUUGUAUUGAAUGAAUAAAUGCACUGUUUGGACUGAUGGCUGUGUGUAGAAGUGAAUGGACGAUGGAUAAUAGAACUGUAGGAUAAUUACUCUAUAUUUAACCCUGUGAUAAACAUCGCUCGCUUGCAACCUGUUGGUGUUGAUAAGCUAUUGUACUGUAUUGUCCCGUACAUGUAUUGUACUCUAAACGUUAGAGCCGUCACUCUUCAUUCUUAUUGAGUAGUUAGUGUUGCUUACACUUUGGACAAAAUCACCAGGCAAGCUACGGGAAAUAGGUUUCUCCUACGAGCUACAUUGUCCCGUUCAUCAAUUUGUCCUGGAAAAGUCGGACUGAGAAUGGAUAGCACCUUCUCCAGCCACCAAGCUGAUGCUUAAUCAAUAGCUAUUAAGCAGGUGAGAGCUUGUGGUUAAGGAAGUGUACCUGGGAAAGGCUUUUAGAGGAAAAAGUAAAUGCACUGAACCUGAGAUUGCUGCAUGAAUGUGCCGUGCAGACAUUGUAAUGCACUAUGACCGGAGAGUCUCUGCUCAGAGGGAUACCUAUCGCUCCUCGUUUUUUCUCUCCAUCUAUUACUGACUGGGUGAGGAAUGUGGUCGAGUUUUUCAUGUUGACAGCUCCGAGGUUGUGAUAUGCGACGACUCUGUUACUGCAAUCUUUUUCUCCUUGUUAACUUGUUGCGUACAGAAAAAAAAGAGAAGAUAAUUACAGUAUUUUUGUGCAUAAUGGUAAUACAAUUUUUAUUUGUUUUUUUGAGGUGAACUGUACAGUAUGUUGUGACGUUCCGGAUUAGUUUGUGUGACUGUUUUUGUUCAGGUCGGUAUCACUUAUCCGGACCUUUAGUGCAUGAGUCCAGUAUCAAAUCAGUGAAACACUGACUAACCACCAGGUUCUAACUUCAACACAAGGAAUAAAUAGUAGGCUUUAAAUAAGCAGAACACACACACACACACAUACACACGCUUUGUGACUCAACAUAUUGAAGAUUUUUUUGUAUCAGAUACCUCAAAGUAAAUACUGCACUGUGUCCGUGUUUUGACAGAUAAUCAUUUCUCUUUCAUGGAGCUCUCUCUGUACAUAUUUUACCCUGGACUAUGUAGAUGUUUGAUGUCUGUACUAAUACCUUUGUAAAUCUGUAAUGUGGACAGAUAUUUGUCAAGAAAGGAAGUGAAUCACCUGUACAGGAUAUUUGGGGCCACGUGUAUCUUUGUCAAUAAAUUUUGAUAUUUAAAACAUGCCA